UCUCAGCAUAAGUCUGGGGCCUGCCCCUCCUUUACCCAUCUGCCUGUAGGGACAGCCUGAGCAGCCAGUUGCCCCCGACAUGACCCCACUUCUGGCUACUAGUUGAGACACUUUGUUAUUAAGCUCGCUGCCAGGGAGAAGCUGGAUUUGCCCCGCAGUCAUUGGUCACACAGCCUCUAAGAAGUCUUUGUUACUAAAGGCGAAAACGAGAGACCCUAUUGGCCAGGACACCUCACCGUGCCUCGCCGGGGUCCUUGAUUGGUUUGCUGCCUGUCUCCAAGGCUCUGUGGCCUGGAAUCCAGGCCGUGGCUUGGCAACAGGAGCAGCGUUCCCGCCGACGUUGGCUCCCUAUUGGCUGUCCGCGAAGCCUCCAAGAGGAGCUCGGUGUGAAGCCCUCUUCAGCACAUGCUCCGCGCUGCGUGAGCCAGCCCCGCAACCGCGCGGGAGGGCCAGCCAAACUGAGCGAGACCCUGGUUCUCAGCCUCUGCCAGGGCUCGAGAGCGGAGGCUGCAAAGGCCACCUGCUGCCUUGGUAGCUGCUCGGGGCCCACCCCGGGCCUCCCCUUGGAGCCCCCCAUCUCCAGUCUGGAAGCCGCAUCUCCAAACUUCAAGGAGAACCAAGGAGAGGUGGAGUCCAAGGUGGAGUCCAAGCUGAAGCCCGAGGGACGAUGUUCUACUACCCCAACGUGCUUCAGCGCCACACCGGCUGCUUCGCCACCAUCUGGCUGGCGGCGACGCGCGGCAGCCGGUUGAUGAAACGCGAAUACUUGAAGGUGAACGUGGUGAAGACCUGCGAGGAAAUCCUCAACUAUGUGCUGGUCCGAGUGCAACCACCGAUGCCCGGCCUGCCCAGGCCCCGCUUCUCUCUCUAUCUCUCUGCCCAGCUCCAGAUCGGCGUCAUCCGGGUCUACUCUCAACAAUGCCAGUACCUUGUGGAGGAUAUCCAGCACAUCCUGGAGCGUCUGCACCGGGCUCAGCUGCAGAUCCGCAUCGAUAUGGUAGAGACUGAGCUACCCAGCCUGCUGCUUCCCAACCACCUGGCCAUGAUGGAGGCCCUGGAAGAUGCUCCAGACCCCUUCUUCGGGAUGAUGUCUGUGGCCCCCAAACUUCCUAGCCCUUUUGAAAUCCCUCAGAUUCGACAUCUCUUAGAGGCUGUAGUCCCGGAGAGAGUUCCCGAGGCCCCUCCUGAAGUUCCUACCGAGCCCAAGAAGCCAGAGGAGCUCUUGGUUACUGUGCCGUCUCCUGAGGUCAUCACACUCCUGGAGGUGGAGCCCAUACGCAUGCUGCGGAUCGAGGGUGAACGGGAUCUCCCAGAGAUCAGCCGACGAGACUUGGACCUGCUGAUUGCAGAGGAAGAUGAAGCGAUCUUAUUAGAAGAAUAUCGGAAAGAGUUCAAAGAAGAGCCCCGGGCCCUGGAGGGUGAAAUUGUAGUCCCCUCAGUCUCACCUCCAGCUCCUGCAGAGAUAGAAAGGAUUGCAGAGCCACUUCCUGGUGAGGUCCUAGCCCCUGAAGAGCUGAAGCCGGUAGGCUGGGAGCCCAGUGCUCUGCUCCCUGAGGUGACUCCCCCACUGGAGCUGCGCCUGCCGGCCCCACCCAGCCCAGAGCAGAGGCGGCCCCCAUCUCCCCGGAUCCCACCACCUCGCCGCCGCCGCCGCCAAUUGCUGUUCUGGGACAAGGAAACUCAGAUCUCCCGGGAGAAAUUCCAGGAACAACUGCAAACCAGAGCUCACUGCAGGGAGUGUCCAAUGGUGCAGCCUCCGGAGAAGACAAUCACAAGCCCUGCGGAGCUGUUCCAAACCCCAACUCUCCCUGGCUGGUUACCCCCAGAACUACUGGAUUUCUGGACCCACUGUGCCCAGAUCCCAACAGUGCUCAGGCGACGACCAUCCCUGGAGGCUGAAGAGGAGGCUGCUGCAAGGGAGGCAGCAGCUGAGGAGGAGAGGAGAAAGACUGAAGCUCUGAGCGAGAUCGAGGUCCUGAGAGAGGCCCAGGAGCCUAGUGGUCCCCUCAUGAUAUCUUCAGAACUCUCCCUAGAAGCAGCUGAAGAGGAGAAGUCCCGAAUCAGCCUUGCCCCACCAGAAGAACGGUGGCCCUGGGCUGAGGCAGAGAAGCCAGAGCCCCUUGCAUUGCCAGUGGUGCCUGAACUCCCUGAGGUGCCCAUAGAACUCCCCUUGGAGCUACCUCCAGAGCCUGAGCUACUCUCACUGGAGGCCGUGCACAGAGCAGUGGCACUGGAGCUCCAGGCCAACAGGGAGCCCGACUUUAGCAGCCUGGUAUCACCUCUCAGCCCUCGCAGGAUGGCUGCCAGGGUCUUCUACCUGCUCUUAGUGCUCUUAGCACAGCAGAUUUUUCUUGUGGAACAAGAGGAGCCAUAUGGGCGUCUCCUGAUUCGGCCAGGGCCCAGAUUCCACUGAGGGUCGAGCCCAUCUACAAGGCUGCUAAAAACCAGGCUUUAUUAAACUAUGUCCUGCCUCA